AUGAACGGAAAGCGGAGACGCGAGAUUGAAGAUACGAUGGGAAAUGGAGCUAGAUGUGAUCUGGACAGCGCGUCAGGAAUGUCGGAAUGCUUUAGUGUGUCGUAUCUUAGUGGUGAAGAGAAAACGAACAAAGCUGGCAAAAUACUUCUCCCCAAAACAGUGUGGAUGUGUUUUUCUGCUGACACAAAGAUCCUGACUCCAGGUCACCAGUGGGAGGAUGUAUCGGAUGUUCCUCGUCGAGACGAACCUCUGACCUUUUCCUUCUGUCAGUACGAGACGGACUCCGUCCUGACGGACUUCCGGGAUAGUUCAGGGGUAACAGUGACCGCACGUGUCAGUCAGUCAGCACUGUUCUAUGUUAGGGACAAGGGUUGGUGCGCCCUGAGACCCUCAAUAGCCGCUGCAAGAUACGGAGUUCACGUCUUUCUGUUUCUUUGCCCAGGGGACUUGUGCCAACCUGUUCUCUUCCAGGAGGAGAUAUCUCUAGAGUCAGCUGACAGCACAAACUCCUCUUCAAUCAGAGUUAAACGACCGAUGAACUCGUUCAUGUUGUUCGCUAAGAAGUACAGGUUGGAACUGACGAGAUUGCACCCAGGGAGAGAUAACAGGGACAUAAGCAUACUGUUGGGGGAGAAGUGGAGGAAACUGUCGAGUGAGGAGAAGAAGAGGUACGCUAGAGAGGCACAGACCCUGGCAGAGGUUCACAAGAGGAGCCAUCCUGACUGCUGGAAAAGAAAAAAGUCUAAAUGA